GAUGGAGAGAGGAGGGAAGAGGAUGCAGGGAGCUCUUCUCGGGGCCCGCCUGGUCCCCCCCCGUGCUGCUGCUGCUGCUGCAGCUGGUGGGGGGGGCCCCCCUGGGCCAGGGGCUGUACCCCAUGCCAGCCAGCGUCCUGCAAGCACUGUCCAGCCGGGGGACGCUGGUGCUGGAGGCGGCGCUGAGGAGCGCACUGCUGGCACUGGAGCGGGCGCUGGCCGAGCAGCAGCAGCAGCGGGGCGCCUGUGGGCUCUGUGCCCCCUGCCUCUUCCCCCCCUGCACCAACCUCACCCGUCGCUGCCCAUCACCAGCCGUGCCCCUCACUGUGCCCCCCAGCUGCCAGGUCCUGCUGGAUGCCCAGGUGCUGCCUGAGCUGCCUCAGCGCAACUGGGCACUGAGCCAGGCUUGUGCCCCCUACCAGCGCCUGUGCCCACCCGAGGGGGCCCAGCAUGCCUGCACCCAGCUCAGUGCCCAGCUCUGCCGCCACCGCCUCCAGGAGUGCCGAGUGGCAGCCACAGCCUCGGGCCCUGUCGCAGCAGCAGAGGCGGCGAUGCCAGGGAGCUGCGGGCACCGUGUGGGCCCCCAAGCCAACGCUACGGCCCCCCGAGGACGGAUCAUGGGUGGCAGCGUGGCCCCACGGGGGGCCUGGCCCUGGCUGGUGUCAGUGCGGCUCCAUGGGGAGCUGAUGUGUGGAGGGGUGCUGGUGGGACACUCCUGGGUCCUCACCGCAGCCCACUGCUUUGCCGGGAACCAGAACGAGUUGGCGUGGACGGUGGUGGCAGGCAACUACGAGCUUGGCAAGCCAGGCGUGGGCGAGCGGGCAGUGCCCGUCCGGCGCAUCCUGCCUCAUCCCAAGUUUAACCCCAAGACAUUUCACGGGGACCUGGCGCUGCUGGAGCUGGCAGUGCCACUGGUCCCAUCGCCCACCAUCAGCCCCGUGUGCCUUCCCAGCGGCCCUGCAGAACCCAGCCCUGGCACCGCCUGUUACAUCGCGGGCUGGGGCUCCCUCUACGAAGAGGGGCCGGCGGCCGACGUGGUGAUGGAGGCACGGGUGCCCCUGCUCAGCCAGGAGACAUGCCGGGGAGCCCUGGGCAGGGACCUGCUCACCAACGCCAUGUUUUGUGCUGGGUACUUGUCUGGGGGCAUUGACUCCUGCCAGGGUGACUCGGGGGGCCCGCUGGCGUGCCAGGACCCCUCCUCGCACCGCUUCGUUCUCUACGGUAUCACCUCGUGGGGCGACGGCUGCGGUGAGCAAGGCAAACCGGGCGUCUACACCCGCGUCACUGCCUUCACAGACUGGCUCAGCCUCCAGAUGGACCCCGCCCCUGGCAGCCGGGAACCGAGCUGCUUUGACCUGCUGGCCCUGGCCCAGCUGCCCCCCGAGCGGCAGCCCCCCGAGCGCGCCCGCCUCUGCACCUUCUACACCGGGUCCUGCCGGGCCCCCCAGGGCCGGGCUGCCUGUGCCCGCCUGGCUGAGGAGACCUGCCGUGCCAGGACGAAACGAUGCGAGCUGCACUCCUACGCCCAGACCCUGGUGGAUCUCCUGCGCCGGGCUGGGGACUUCAUCCGCAACCAGUUUGACUUCUCCUUCCUCACCCGCACCCUGCCCCAGCUCCUGGGCAAGAUCUACGGGCAUCUCUUUCCCCACCGUGUCCGCAGGGAAGCCCCAGGUUCAGCGGUGGCAGGAGGCCAGCCCAGCCCCACAGCAGAGGGACCUCGAAGACCACCCACCAGGCGGGGGGCUGGGCGGCCACCCCCCUUUGCAGGGCUCUUCGGGGCUGUGGGGCCCCGGUUGCAGGACUGGGUGGAGGUGCUGAGGGCCAUGGCGGGGGGCAGCCCCCUGGCACCCACUUUGGACGGGGGGCAGCUCCCCGAGGAGACGUGGCUCUUCCUGCAGCAGGGUGAGGAGUUGGUGGAGGAGCUGGUGGGACAGGGACGAGCCUUCCUUGCCCAGCUGCGGGCAGAGCUGGACCUCAGCACUCCUCUCGAAGCCACAGAGCCACGCUGGGCACCUGGAGAGCUGGCAGGGACCCUCGCGCAGAGCCGGUCCGCGCCGAGGGAGAAACGUGAGCUGGUGCCCGUGGAGUUGCCGGGGAUGGAGGAGGAGGAGAAGGAGGAGGAGGAGGCAAGCAUGGGCAGAGCCUGCCCUGGCCUCAACGAGUCAGCGGUGCGGGUGGGUGAGGUGCGGGAGCUGUACGCCUGGGUGCUGCGGGUGCCUGAGCCGGACCUGGCCAUGACCUUCCAGGAGAUCCUGGUGGACUUGGGCUCCAAAAAUGCCAAGGGACUUUACCGGGCGCAGGUGCGGGCCAUGGUGGGGGGUCGCCCCACAGCCUUUGCUGGCCUUGUGGGGCUGGAGAGCGAUUCGCUGGCCCGCAGCAUGCCUGGACUCGUUGCUCUGGCACUCGAGGCACUGAAAACCUAAUGGUGCUCCUGGGACACCGUGCCAGCACGGGGAUGGGGUGCUGGGGCAGGGGUCUCUCGUGUCCUUCAAACACAACCCCCAUCCCCAGUUCAGGCUCUUCCACCAUUUUGUCCUCUAUCAAGCCUCAGUUUCCCUCUUCCCACCAGCACUGCCUGACCUCCCAGGGGCAAUGGGGCACCACGGGGCACCUGGAGCGUCUCAGCUAGGGAACAUGGCCCCCCUCUCCCCUGGGACCCUCACUUUGGCAAGCCCACCCCAGCCCCAUUUCCCCAGAGACACCUGGGCUGUUAUUUAUUUGUACAGAGAAAGGUUUAUUUUUCAAUAAAGGGCUCUAUUUUC